AUGUCGCGUCCAGCUCGCUCUGUAAAGUCGUUGCUCUCCCUGAAUUCCAGGGGCUCUCCUGUGGCUUCAAGGCCUGUAACAGGUAGGCAGGAGGUGCGGUGUGGGACAAAGUUUUCAGACCACCUGAACGGUGUCUUCUCUGGACUUCAAUUCCCCCCAGAACUCGCUCGUCGUAUACUUACGCAUGCCAAUCAUCAAACAGCUACGAACGGGCAUAACGCAAGUUUAAGCUUCAUCGGAAUGCCACGAUCACGUUCCAGGUCGUGUGGACUAAUUGCCCACAGCUCGGCCCUCACACCCGAGCACGACUUGGAGGACAUCGCCUACCACACCCUUCACACCUAUGCUCUGGGGGAACACGUAGGGUCGAAGUGGGGCCUCGGUCGCCAUUUGCGAUGGGUACCCGCCAUCGCUCCAGAGGUUCGCGAGCAAGUGUCUGAUUCACCUGACCUGCGGAAGGUCGGGCUUUACAAGGUUCAGGGAGACGCGGUAACAGCAGUGGUGGGCGGCAUCUUUUCCCAGUUUGGAGGCUUUGUGGCGCACAGGGUGUUCCAUACACGACUGCUGCUACCUAUGCUGGUGAAGGGAGCACUGCAUGAAGCAUUCCAUCGUGAUGCUCUAUUAGUGUGUGACCGUAUGGGUGGACCGGAGGGGAGACUAGUGAUCAAGUCAUCGUCGACUUUUUCUUAG